AUGAGACUUCUUACGCAUAACUUUUUAAAAUGCAAUGAAAUUCAAUGCAGUGGAGGGUACCCACUGUCAAUGCAAUUAAAUAAUGACGCGGAAGAAAAUAUAAAAAUAUUAGAACAAGAAUUUAACGUAGAAUUUGUAAAAAAUGUUUUAACUAAAGUUGAUUAUGAAGUUUUAUGCCAAACGGCUAAACAGCUAGGAAUAAUUCUUUUACCUAGUUAUACUAGUCAACAUUUAGAAGAUGAAGAAUUUUUAAACUCAGUUCACCAUGCCCUUUUUAAGGUUCACAUAAUGGAAGCCACCUUGAUAUGUCCCAAAUGUAAUGCUUCCUUUCUCAUAAAAGAUGGUAUCCCAAAUAUGCUAUCGGGAAACGAAAAUCAAACAAGCUGA